CUUUGUUGGAUGUUUUAGUCAAUUUUAGUCGUUGUUUGCUGCGCUCAUCUCGUCAUGUCCAUGACGUUUCUCCAGGCCCUGGCCUUGCUCCUGUCCAUGCCCGGAAUGGUUCACUCCGCCCGUUCCGAGGUGGCUGAAGAUGAAGCGGCAGACGUGGCAGACGUGGUAAAGGAAGCGAAAGAUGCGAAAGAUGCAAAGGAAGGAUGUUGGCUUUGGGGCAAGUGCUGCACCCCGCGGUGCAAUGGCCUUCACCAGGAUGUCGGCUCCAUCUUGCAGUUCUUGAAGAUGCAUAGCUGCAUCGUUGAGGAGCACGAAUACUACGAAAUGAAGCACGUCACAGGCCAGCGAGGUUAUCAGAAGGUCCUCAUGAAACCGCCGGACAUCAGCAAGAAGUUGAAAGCAGGAGACUAUGUGUGCAAGGAGACCUGCCGCGUGACUUACAAGGACGGCCUCGGGUUGGAACGUAACAUGCUGAAGCAGAAGUGAAAAUCAUUCCGCCAUCCGACCCGUUGAACUAGCACAAAAAAGGCAAGGCAACUAGGAUAAAUGGUUCAGUUCAUUGUUUGGUUAAGUCCCUAUUGGUCCGGGUAAAAUUGCAGCGUAGUACCAAACAGUUUCUGAUUUGUGGC